AUGUCUCUCUCCGCAAAUACCCAAGCUCGCUUCUACUUUGCGCUUCUCCUCGUCCUACAAGUACUCGCCCCGCUCGUCGAGGCCAAGAAGGGCAAGGGUGGCUCUGGAGGCGGUGGUGGUGGUGACGAGGAGGGUGCUGGCGCGAUGACGAGCCCGAACGCGCUGUUGGCUGUUGCGCCGGUCGCAGUCAUGGUGGCCUGGGAAAUACAUGCUAUCCUAUUGCGGCAUGCUGCUGGGACCUAA